AUGGUGUCAGAUCUAGAAGCAGCCGCGGUCGGCGAGCCGGUGCCGCCCUUCCCCGUAACGAGCACCAGAAGCGUCAAUCCUCGUCUGGCCAAGGUGUUCCGGAGACAAGAUGGCGAAACCCAAGAGGCAGCCUUCAUUGCGUACCUAACCGCUGGGUACCCCAAAAAGACAGACACAGUGGAACUCUUGUUGGCACUACAGGAGGGGGGAGUUGACGUCGUGGAACUGGGAGUCCCUUUCGGCGACCCUCAAGCAGGCGGGCCAACCAUUCAAGCCACCAAACAGGUGCAUGUGUCGGGUGGCCUUGCAGAACGGCGUCACCCUAACGGAAUGUCUCGAAAUAGCAGGGAUGCUCGCGCGAAGGGCUUGACGAUCGUCGUGGUCCUCAUGGGAUAUCUUAACCCGUUCCUAGCCUAUGGCUUGAACAAGCUCGCCCACAAGCUCAUCGGAACGGACCGAUUACCGAGGCCAAUCGUUACUUCCGACAGCGUUGACGGCUUCCUGGCAAUUGACCUGCCUCCCGACGACGCGCACAACUUCAGCUCGAAGUGCUACAAGCACCACCUGUCGUUCAUCCCUCUCGUGACGCCCACGACCACCGAUAAUCGUCUUCCUUUCGUCGCUUCCGCCACCGACUCCUUCGUCUACUGUGGCAACGUGACCGGGGUAACGGGUGCUCGCGCCCACCUCCCCACCGGCGUGGAGAAGUUCAUCCGUCGCGUGCGCCGGGUGACAGGACAGCCUCUCUUCGUCGGAUUCGGCAUCAGCUUAACGGAGCAGGUGCAAGCGGUAGCCAGAAUCGCCGAUGGGGUCGUGGUUGGGUGGGCCUUCAUGAACGCCAUCGAUGAGGGGGAUCUCGCCGAACCGUCAUACUCGGCUGCCGAGCCCACAGGCUGCCAGGGUGGAGAGUACAACGCCCCGUACCCACUUGAAUUGUUUGUAGUCCGCGCUAGACCUGCUGCUGUUCGUCCAAAAACCCUUCUUGGUCGUCGGUGUUGGUGGGGGUACCAGUUGGCAAGCGACGCUCCUGCCAGCGAGAUCGCGGCGCACCUUCGCAAGGACAUCUCAGGUCUCCGGGUCGGAGUCGUCGCCGCCGCCGCCGCCGCCGCCACCACCACCAUCGCCACCAGCGUCAAGUCGAAGACGCCCAGCAAGCAGGCGUACCGAAUGCCGAUAGAGGGAGCGGGGAAGGCUGUGCUGCCUGGCGGAAACAUCGGGGCAUUUGGCGGAUGCUAA